AUGGAUCCAAAAGCUGUUGUUGUUUCGGGUGAGGCACCAGAAUCUGAUGAAGACAAUGCAAGCAUUGUUAGUGGUAUGGGAUUUCCUCCUAUAAGAACUUCUAAUUAUUGUGGUACUAUAAUUUCUGGUGAAGCUCCAGAAUCAGAUGAUGAUGGAAUAAGUUUAAGCAGUGUUAGUGGAGCAGUUGAUGCUAUGACCUGCAUGCCAGAAAUGAAAAUACCAAAAUCAAAAAAGCAUUGUAUAAAAUACAAUAGUUUGCUCCAUAAAAAAUUACAUGAAUGCAAUGAAACUUUGGAUAAGGAUCUUACACAAAUGGUAGAGGGAACAAUUGGCACUGCCACUCAAGAAUUAUCAACUGUUAAUAAGCAAUUGCUAAAAAGUGAACUUAUUCUUCAAGAGGCUGUCUGUCAAUUGCGUAACACCUGCAAUCGAUCAAGGGAUGCUUCCAAUACUUUACAACAACUCAUAGAUGGAAAUUUUUUAUCCUCUAUUAAAACGUAA